AAAUAUUAUAUAAAAAAGGCAACGAAAAAAAGCAAAUAAUAAAGAGAAAAAUGAAGAGAAAGAAGGAUGCAUUAUUUCUUUGCCUGUUUUGGUUCCUGAUAGAAGUUACAUUUGAUAUUGAUGCAAAUGGAAUAUUAAAUGUAACAGCAGAAGAUAAAACUACAAGAAAGAAGAAUAAAAUUACUAUUACAAAUGAUAAAGGCAGAUUAAGUAAAGAAGAGAUUGAUAAAAUGAUAAGAGAAGCAGAGAAAUAUAAAGCAGAAGAUGAUGAGAAUAAAGCAAGAAUAGAAACAAAGAAUCAAAUAGAAAAUAUGUGUUAUUCAAUGAAGAAUAGGAUUAAAGAAAUGGGAGAUAAAAUAAGUUCAGAAGAUAAAAAGAAAGCAGAAGAAAUAAUAGAAAAGAAUUUAAGAUGGAUUGAUAAUAAUCAAAAUGGAAGUAAAGAAGAAUAUGAGAAGAAAAAAGAAGAAAUAGAAAAAGAAAUAGGAAGAAUUUAUUCAAAAAUAUAUCAAGGAAGAGGAAGUAAUGAAUUUACAGGAGGAAGAAAUACAGAAAAAGAAAAUAAUAAUAAAGGACCAACAAUUGAAGAAGUUGAUUAA